UACGUCGAGAGCCGCAAGACGCUCAACUACGUGAAGACCGGACUCAAGCGCCUGAUUCUGCUGAUGCGCAAGCUUGAACACUUCAGACGCAAUCCAUUGGGCGGCCCCAUGUGCAAGCAGAUGGAGACUCAGAUUUACCACCAGUCGCUGCUGCUGAGACGGCACCAGCAGGCACUGAGCGACAUGGUCGAGUCCUACAACCGCCAGCUCGAGGACGCAGAGUCGAUGGCAUCCGAGAUCUCGGAGCAGUCGCAGACUUCGUCGUCGUACGCCGACUGGGAGGAGGUCAUCGCCAUGUCAAAGAUGCCCAUCCACCUCAUCGCCUGCCGCCCACGCUCGGUGCACGGCUUUGCCGACAAAGCGGGGCGCUCGCAGUUUUUUGCUGUUCCCGAAGACUCACAGGCAGCCUCGCCUGAAGCCUCGUCAAUCCACCUGACAUGCGACCAGAAGUGGUUCCCGACGCAGAUGACCCCGCCGCUGGAGGAGGUUAUCGAGCUCAAGGCCAGGAUUAAGGAGCUCGAGAAGUCGCCGCUGUUCACCACCUCGCCGUUUGCCAUCAAGGACUCGCGCCAGAUGGGACACGCACUCGGCACCCACCAGCAGCACACGCCGCUGUCGCUUCCAUGAAAAUAUGCACAAACCACUCACGUCUAUGCCCUCACGCGCUGUAAUUACCCACUCCUCCUCAUGUAGUAUACUCCAUG